CACAAGCGCAAUCAACAGCUUCAACACCACCACCGCCACGCCAUGUCCGCGUUUACAGCUGCGAACCUGCCAUCGCGGCCUACGGCUAGCGCGCCGGAGAGCAAGGCGCCUCCAAGUGUCCCAGCGAUCGAUGAUGCGUUGGUCGACGUGCCGGAGCUCAAAAAGAGAGUUUACAGCGCCAUUGAGGAAGACCCAGCGCAGCAGCCACUAUUCUCAGACCUCUCGGCGUACAUUCUCAAACUCCGCAACGCGCAGCACGGCAGCAACGGCACCGCAGCCAGCAACACGGAGCCAGCAUCAAAGAAGCGCAAAAUUGAGGGCGGCGAAACCACGAAUGCAGCACAUAAUGGGGCGACGAAUAACGGAGCAUGGGCAGACGCUGGCGUCUCGGCCGAUUACGUCGUACCGGACACCAGCUUCGCGGUGCCGCAGCGCAAGAAGUUUGCGCUGGAGAUCAUGGCGGACGGGCUGCGGGCCCGGACCGCGGGCCAGGGAGCCGUCGAGUUUGGCAUUGGGUUUGCAGAUAUUGAACAAAUCUUCUGUCUCCCCGUCCCCGAAAAGGCCAAGCGUCAGUGGAGCUUCGUCGUCGUUCCGCGGACGAAUGACGGACUGACUGCCGCGGCGGAGGGUGCCCCGCAGCACGAGCAGAUAGUGUGGACGUUCCAGGAGCCUACCGCCAAGGAAGUCGAGAAGGGCGCGCAGGCUACGUACGAGCCUCUGGUCGAGCGGUUGAACGCUUGCUUGAAACCGCAUCGGAAGAGCAUUGUGUUCCCCACAAAAGAGGAGUUUCAAAGUGCCAUCCCGCAGAGCCAUCGCAAGGGCGAGCCGGGCUUUCACGUCAAGGCGCAUCGGGGGAGCAAGGAGGGCUACCUCUUUUUCACGAACGUGGGCAUCAUCUUCGGCUUCAAGAAGCCGCUGCUGUACUUUUCGUUUGCAGCCAUCGAGUCUAUAUCGUACACGUCGGUGCUGCAGCGCACGUUCAACCUCAACGUCACGACGGCGGCGGCCGAGCCCGAGCAGAAGGUGCAAGAGAUAGAGUUCUCGAUGCUGGACCAGGCCGACUACGGUGGCAUCGACGAGUACGUGCGUACGCACGGACUCAACGACGCGUCGAUGGCGGCGCAGCGGCGCGCGCAGAAGUAUAACGUCAACGGGCAAGAAGGCGCAGGUGGAGCCGAGGGAGUGGAGGCAGAUGAGGAGGAUGGGGAGACGGAGCUGCAAAAGGCGGAGCGCAUGCUGGAGGACGAGGAGGACGAGGACGAAGAGGACUACGACCCCGGUUCCGAAGGGGAGAGCGAGGGCAGUGGGUCAAGCAGCGAGGAGGAGAGCGAGGACGACGAGGAUGAGGAGGAGGGAGGGUCAGGAGCAGAGGACGCGAAUCUCGUAGCCGCCGAGCUAGGAAGCGAGGCCGAGGACGUGGAGCUCAGCGAUGCCGAGUAACGCAAGUAACGCAGCACUAGACAGGGGCCCCCGUCGGCAGAGAAGCGAGAGAAGAGUCCAUUUUGCAAAGCUUUGAAAAAAAGCAGCCACAACCACGGGCCGUCACGUGCGCCAGGCGUUGGCGGGACGCACGGCGCCUUCCCGCUCCCACGGACACGGCUGUGCGGCGGGCGGGG